GCCCGCACGCGCGCCCGCUCGGUUCGGCCUCGCCGGGGACCGCGUCCUGCCCGGAGACCGCCACCAUGAACAAGCUGUACAUCGGCAACCUCAACGAGAGCGUGACCCCCGCGGACUUGGAGAAAGUGUUUGCGGAACACAAGAUCUCCUACAGCGGCCAGUUCUUGGUCAAAUCCGGCUAUGCCUUCGUGGACUGCCCAGACGAGCACUGGGCCAUGAAGGCCAUCGAAACUUUCUCCGGAAAAGUAGAACUGCAAGGAAAACGCCUAGAGAUUGAGCACUCGGUCCCCAAAAAACAAAGGAGUCGAAAAAUUCAGAUUCGAAAUAUUCCACCCCAGCUCCGAUGGGAGGUACUAGACAGUCUGCUGGCUCAAUAUGGUACAGUAGAGAACUGCGAGCAAGUGAACACCGAGAGCGAGACAGCAGUGGUGAAUGUCACCUAUUCCAACCGCGAGCAGACCAGGCAAGCCAUCAUGAAGCUGAAUGGCCACCAGCUGGAGAACCACGCCUUGAAGGUCUCUUACAUUCCUGAUGAGCAGGUAGCACAGGGUCCUGAGAAUGGGCGCCGAGGAGGCUUUGGCUCCCGGGGUCAGCCCCGGCAAGGCUCACCUGUGGCAGCAGGGGCCCCAGCCAAGCAGCAACAAGUGGACAUCCCCUUGCGGCUCCUGGUGCCCACCCAGUAUGUAGGCGCUAUCAUUGGCAAGGAGGGUGCCACCAUCCGCAACAUCACAAAACAGACCCAGUCCAAGAUAGACGUACACAGGAAGGAGAAUGCAGGUGCGGCCGAGAAGGCCAUCAGCGUCCACUCGACCCCUGAGGGCUGCUCCUCCGCCUGUAAGAUGAUCUUAGAGAUUAUGCAUAAAGAGGCAAAGGACACCAAAACGGCUGAUGAGGUUCCCCUGAAGAUCUUGGCCCAUAAUAACUUUGUGGGGCGUCUCAUUGGCAAGGAAGGGCGUAACCUGAAGAAGGUGGAGCAGGACACAGAGACGAAAAUCACUAUCUCCUCGUUGCAGGACCUCACCCUAUAUAACCCUGAGAGGACUAUCACUGUGAAGGGGGCCAUUGAGAACUGCUGCAGGGCCGAGCAGGAAAUCAUGAAGAAAGUUCGAGAGGCCUAUGAAAAUGAUGUGGCUGCCAUGAGUCUGCAGUCUCACCUGAUCCCUGGCCUGAACCUGGCUGCUGUGGGCCUUUUCCCAGCCUCAUCCAGUGCGGUCCCACCACCGCCCAGCAGCGUCACUGGUGCCGCCCCCUAUAGCUCCUUUAUGCAGGCUCCAGAGCAGGAGAUGGUGCAGGUGUUCAUUCCUGCCCAGGCGGUAGGCGCCAUCAUUGGGAAGAAGGGCCAGCACAUCAAACAGCUCUCCCGGUUUGCCAGCGCCUCCAUCAAGAUUGCCCCUCCUGAAACUCCUGACUCCAAAGUUCGAAUGGUCAUCAUCACUGGACCCCCAGAGGCCCAAUUCAAGGCUCAGGGAAGAAUCUAUGGCAAACUCAAGGAAGAGAACUUCUUUGGUCCGAAGGAAGAAGUAAAAUUGGAGACCCACAUCCGUGUGCCCGCAUCAGCAGCUGGCCGGGUCAUUGGCAAAGGUGGCAAAACGGUGAACGAGUUGCAGAAUUUGACAGCAGCUGAGGUGGUGGUGCCAAGAGACCAGACUCCUGAUGAGAAUGACCAGGUUAUUGUCAAGAUCAUCGGGCAUUUCUAUGCCAGCCAGAUGGCUCAGCGGAAGAUCCGAGACAUCCUGGCUCAAGUUAAGCAGCAGCACCAGAAGGGACAGAGUAACCAGGCCCAGGUACGGAGGAAGUGACCAGCCAUUUCCCAUCCCAGCAAAUCCAGGACAACAAAUGGAAGUCGAGAGUGCACGUUCAAUGUAGGCCUGAGAAUGAGUGGGAAUCAGGGAUAUGGAAGCCCGACUGUAGAUCAGGUUUGCCCACUUGGCUUGAGAAAGAUGUUCCAGUGAGGAACCCUGAUCUUGACUCCAAACACCCAGCCAGUUGACCUAACACUGCCUACCUUUCAGGGUGUCACCACUGAAAUUCUAUCUCAGGGUGCUUUUAAACGUGGAUUAGGUGAGUUCUCCAGGCCCCACUGAGAGGAUAGGUCAGACCCCACUGGGAAAUGAAAUAAAAUUUCCUUCAGUCUUUUAAAAGAUACAAAGGAUGGUUUGCUUCUUGCCCCUAAAGUCUUUCUGCUCUUCUCCUUUUACUUGGUUUGUAUGAUUAAAAUACUUCCGUUCUCAUGUCCUGACACGCCCUUCUCUAUGCUCAUACUAAUUGCUUUAUCUUUACUGCUAAUGGGAAAAAUGGGAACUGUUGCAUUACUUUGCUUAUAAUACAGACUUAAAGGGAGAGGAGGUGCCAGUGGCAAUAGUUCAAUCCCAGUCUUUUCCUGUCCAACCAAGGGACAGCAAGGAAUAAAGAAUGGGAGAAAAAGAUGAUUAAAAUAUAUAGUAAUCCACGUUUAAAAGGAGUGCCCUUGUGGCUGAUCUGUUCUAAAUCACUGUCCUGAAAAAUUGGCACAAUUAAAUUUCCCUCACUCUGUUGGAGUCCUCUCCACCCCAAGGUCCCUGCCCCACUCACUUUCCUCUCACCAUAUGGGUCGCAUAUCAUGUCCAGGUUCACAUGGGUGGUACCAAAUGUGCAAUGGGGUGGGGCUGAUGAUUGUCUCUGAUUCCCAUUAUUCUCAGGCGGAUUUUAUAUUUUUUUAAAGUCUAUUUUAAUGAUUGGAUACGAGCACUGGGAAGGGGAUGCUAAUUCCCCUUGAUAAAGUCUCAGUUCCAUGGAGGACUUGAGUGGCCCCAAAAGCUGCCAUGGUGCCCUCAGCCCAGCCCAUGUGCUCCCAUUAGGGCUGGUUCCCAGAGGCAGGGGUUGCGGGGCACUCCCCCCCACGGCACUGUUCCCUUGGUGGUGGCGGGACUUGGAACCCAACCCUGAGCUCCCGAGAAAGCUAAAGUCCAUCAUCUGGCAAAUAUUUUGAAUAUUCAGUAAUUUGGAGAGUGCUUGCUUCUCUGUUUUUAUCCUAGAGGCAUAUUUAACAGAUGGCUUCUGCCUCCAGAAAGCAUUGUUGGCAUGAUGAAAUGUGUGCCUGAAAAACAAAAUUCAAAAUACCAGCAACUUUAUGCGUGAAGGGGUUAAUGAGCUUAAUUUAUUAAUUUACUAGGUUCAGUAAGAUCCCAUGUGAAGUUUAGCCCUGUGGAGGACAAGAGCCAUAAGUUAAAUGAGGUUAGGCCUGCCCUCCUAAUAUACUGAUUUUCGGUGAAUGUUAGCCAAGUGAUGCAUUUUAGCUACCCUGGAAAAUGCUAUCAAGUGUGCUGGGAAGGGAGGAAGACCUCUGCAUGUGGAGAAGCCCAUGCAUGGAGUUCCCUUCCUCCUGACAUUGCAACAACAACAGUAACAACAGGAAAACCAUGACGUGUGGGCGGAGUCAGGCAAUGCUGUGCGUGAAGUAAACUACCUCAAGGUAUGAAGUUACCUCAGCAAUUAUUUUCCUUUUUGUCCCCCCCCUUUUUUUUUAAUUUUUUGAUCUUUUUUUUUUUUCUUUGCGGCUUGCUGAUAUUUUAUAUAAAAGAGAAAAACAAAGCAAAAGAGAAGCUGAUAGUCUUGAAUAUUUUAUUUUUUUAAUGAAAAGAAAAAAUGAGAAAGUUAUGUUUCAUAAUUUCUUACAACAUGAGCCAGUAACCCUUUAGGAACUCUAUGGAGAAGAGUUCCAGUGGGAAAGGUAGCAGGGACUGGCACCCUGGGAAAGACUGGGGCUGAGAAAGAAGGCCUAGAGGGGCAGGGCUGCCUUGCCAGGCUCUGACCUCUGGCUUCUAGAGCCCCAAACUGCUGGCCCCUGCUGGAAAAUCCUACUUGAUAGGAUUAGAAGGCCUAGCAGAGCUGCGGGGCCCCCAAGGGCAAAACAACAGUGCCCAACAAUAGGCCCUUAACCUUCUUCCCUCUCUCCCGCUUUGGUUAAAGGACAUCCCAGCCAGUCUUUCCCACCAGAGGUGCUGUCGAGAUAUUUUAAAAAUAUUGCCUCCGUUUUAUCGAGGAGAGAAAUAAUAACUAAAAAUAUACCCUUAAAAAAAUCUAUAUUUCUCUGUCCAAAAAUAUGGGAGCCAAAAUUCCAUUCAUGGAAGAAAGACAAGGCCACCCUCUCACUUUCCGAGAGGUCCAUCUGGUUUGUCAUUGGAAUGCUUUUCAUUUUUGCUUGUUUCACUUCAAUCCCAUCUUGCUGUUCUUCUUGGUUUAUAUCCAUAGACCAGUGGGCAAACAGAUAGACAACUGCCUCCCUCCCCCCAUCUCCCUAUCUUCUUUCAGUUGAUCUGAUUGAUCCUAAAAGUGGAUCAAAUGUAGGGAAUUCUUGAUUUAGGGUGGUGGGUGGCAAGAGGGGGCAGGCUGUUACAUCAUGACCGAGGACAGGUUCCUGCCUCGUGCGUGGUCUAAUUGCCUUCUCCCCAUGCCAUUCCUUUGUAGUGCCCAGAACGGUCUACCCCAAAGAAAGGAGGAAGCAGGAAAGCAUUUAGGGAUAAUAUCAGGCCAGUAUAAUUACGCUUCCCAUCUGUUCUAACCUCAGAAAGGGUCUCCCAGUUACUUUCCAUCUCUGGCUCUCUAUGCUUUAUCUCAGAAUAAAGCAGAGAACAAACAUUCAGACGUCGGCCGUUUAGUGAUUUAAAGUGAAGUUCCAGCAGCAAGCAUGCUUUGAUAAUCUGGUUCAAAUGAUCAUCAGAAGAAAAAAAGAGAGAGAGAAAUUCCCACAGUACCUGAAAUGUGAUUGUUGCAGUGUUCAGUUUCCUUGGGAUCCUGCUCCCUUCACACCUUAAGCUCGCUUUAUCCUUUGGCUGAUCCCACUCCCAGAAGAGACCAGCUUUAAGGAAGCGUGGCACGGAACUAUAAAACUUAAUUGGAUUAGGCAAGGCUUCACUCAUCGUUUUUCUUUGCCCAGCAGGAAAAUCGGGGAAGUUACACUACCAGGAAGCAAAAGGAGUAUGAUUUGGUGGUUAAGGUUUAGCAGGAUGAAGGGCCUGUUUCUGUGGGUCCUCCUUUGACCCACAGGCAAGGUCUUGGGGCAACUCCUUGCCCUCCUGCACAGCACCUCCAUUUCCUUAGUGAGAUCACAAGCUGUAGCGAAAAGCACUUGGGAGAUUUGAAUGAUAUAAUUUGAGAAAAGUGGCUUUGGAAAAAAAAAAAAACACUUCUGUACUCUUAAGAUAUGUAUAUAUAUAUGUGCUACAUACAUAUUUUUUAAGAAAGGACCAUCUCUUUAGGAUUUUUUUUUUUUCCUUUGAAACACAUAAAAAACCAAAAUGGUUUGAUCACUAACUUGCUUUGAAGCUGCAUCUGCCAGUUACACCUAAUGGCUUUAAUCCCCUUGAGGGUCUGUUUGCCUUUUUUGGUUUGGGUUGUGGACUCAGCUCCUGUCAAGGGGUCUGGGUAGGAGAUAGCCAUUUUUAGGGACAGGGAGUUUUAUCACCCUUCUGCUCUUUCCUCCCCUCCUCCCAGUCUUUAGGAAUCUUUUUUUUUUCCCUAAGCUCUCCGCUUCCAGGGGCAGUUGGGAGCUAUUCUCUUAUUUAUGCCUCACGAUUGGCAGAAAAGACCCCAUGUAAAACCCAGAGAACACUGGAGGAAAAUACUCCAGUUGAUUCUAUGUGUCCGUUUUCCUCUGUGCCAAAGACAGACAGACAGAGGCUGAGAGAGGCCGUUUCUGAUAUCAAAGCAAUAGCCAUCUUUCAACAUGUACCUGGGCUGCCUGAGAGGGGAGGGCUCCUGGAAGCAGAGCAAGCUAAAGACAAGUCCCUUUCCUUCUGAGUCUCCUGAGGGACUUGGGAGGGAUACUUGCCAAGGGGUAGGGAGCUAAGAAAGGGGUCCUGGUUGCACUUUGGGGAAAGAGGGGAAGUUUGGGGCUCCACAUAGUCAAGCUCCUCCUUGUGGGAUUGCCCUCAAUCCCCCGCCCCCACUGUAGAGAUAGCACCGCAGGUUCCCUUCAGGCCUGGCAGACUGGCAGUGAGGAGGGGCAUCAGUUAGCUCUCAAGGGUGCCUUCCCCUCCUCCCACCCCAGACAUACCCUCUGCCAAAUGGAGAAACAGCAGUGCUAUAUAACUACCUCACAGAGCCCCUGGGGAACCACUUGAGCCUUCCUGCUUCACAAAAGAAGCUGGCACCUCUAGACAACGCUUGCCUUCCAUCUCUCAUCCAGAGAUGGGGGAUCUCUUCCUUUUUUUCCCCUGAAGUGUUUAUGAGGAGAUCCUAGUGGCUUUGACAUUCAAGCCAUACAACUGGUUUGCCUGUUCGCUGAAAACUGGUAGAAGGAAAACAGCCCAGCCUGACACAGUACUUACAGGAAGAUUGAAGAAAAAUCCUCAGCAAUGCCAGGGGACAUAAAAGCCAUUUUUCUUCCAAGUAUCUCAAUGAUUUAGAUGCAGAACAUUUCUCUUGAAUUCAGGCUUAGAGUAACACCAGCUAAAAAACUUCAGUGUCUUUCCUUCGGAUACAUCAGGCUUCUCUAUGGGGUGCAGGGCAGGGAGGAGGCCUCAUGACUGAAGGUGGUUGAGUGGGUGAGGGCAAGAGCCCUGACCCUGACCUGUGCACCUCACUGGGGCACAGUCUGAUAAUGCCAUGACUGGCGCCUUAGGAUGGUUGAAUCUGGACUGACAAAAGAAUUUUUUUUUCUUAAAUGAAAUAGCAGGAAGCUCCUUGGGAGCAUGUGUUUUGAGUAACCACAGGUGAUGGAUACUACGAGUAUAAAUGGAUUAACUACCUCAAUCCUUACAGUAAGAUCGGAGCCAAGGGCAGGGACUCAGGCAUAAGGGUAUGAAUCCUAUAGAAUGAAUCCCAGCCAGGAGAAGUGAGUUGAGGCUUGUGCCAUGAAAGGUUUGUCCUUGGGGAACAGGCAGGCCUGCCAGGAUUCCCCCACUCAUACCGAAUGGGUUGGGAGGGCUGGCCAUCAAGUCUCCCCUUUUCUCCCUAUCCUUGCCCUGGGGUCCCAUUUUUCACUCCUUUCCCUCCAGCUUGUCCCUCUGUCACCUGCUAUAGCUCUGUUGGACCAGAUGGUGAGGAAAGGAAUUGCCCCCUCCCUUCCACCAGAGGGGGCUAGUUGGAGUGAGAGCUGGGGCUUGGCCUCGAACUCACCACUUAGCCCCAAAGUCAGGAAGCCUGGGGAAGCCAGAUCUAAGACCUCUUGAACAGGGUCUCUCUGAGAUGCUCCACCUGCACAGCUCCCCCCCCCCCCCGCCUUCUUAGUCUUCAAGGGGACAGUGGGCUCUGGUAGGAGAAGAGGUGGUGCAGGACCCUUUGCCGUGAGAGUCCGGGACCUGGUCCUCUGGACCUGCUCAGGCUGUGUUUGUAGUCGGGAAGCUCCAGUGGGCCAUCCCAGCCCCUCCCCACCUUCUAAUGGACCUCCUCAUAGAAGUCCCAUUUCACUUUUGUUUUAUCUACCUCUUAGCUAAACAAUAGAGAUAAAUUAGGUAGUGGCAACUCCACUUGCUUAGGUUAGGGGGGAAAAAGAUUUCUUUUUCCAAAGGAAAAAAAAAUAUUACCUUAAAAAUACUUUCCAAAAAAUAAAAUAAAAAAACUAAACAAAAAAAAGGUAAAAAAAUUAAAAAAAAAAAAGGGAGACAUUUUCCAGUGACCACUGGAUUAUUUUAAUUCCCCCAAGCUUUCCUCUUUUUCCCCCGUGAAUAAGUUUCACUCUUUGGUGAUUUUCUUCACUUGUUUAAGAUAAUGUGCUCUUCUAACAGGUACAGCUUUCACAGUCUGCCCCCUGGCCUGCCUCACCCCCCACCCUGUGUCUGCCAAUGAGUCCUACCUGUGCUUCUCACCGUUCCUCCUUCCAGCCAGGUGACUUCAGUUCC